CGCCACUUUUGGGUCACAACACAACCUCACUUAUUGCAUGGUGGUAACACUGGUCGUUACCUAACCUAAUUUUUUGCGUUUGUUUUUUGUAAAAAUGCGGUACGCGCAGCUAGUUAUUGGCCCCGCGGGCAGUGGCAAGUCGACGUAUUGUUCGGCUUUGGUGCAACACGCAGUCGACGCAAAACGCACCAUAGAAGUGGUAAAUUUGGACCCAGCGGCCGAACACUUCGACUACGAGCCACGUGCCGACAUCCGCGAGUUAAUCCACGUGCAGGACACCAUGGAGGACGAAGAGUUGCACUUUGGCCCCAACGGGGGGCUUGUCUUUUGCCUGGAGUACCUGCUGGAGAACUCCGACUGGUUGCGAGACAAGUUGGGGGAGGAGGAGGACGAUUAUAUUUUGUUUGACUGUCCGGGUCAAAUCGAACUAUACACGCACUUAACAGCUAUGAAAAAAUUAGUCAAGUUGUUACAAGACUGGAAUUUUAAUAUUUGUAGUAUUUUUUUGGUGGACGUUCAGUUUAUGACAGACGGGGCCAAGUUUUUGUCGGGCACCAUGGCUGCACUCAGUGUCAUGGUUAAUUUAGAGCUGCCUCAUGUGAAUUUGUUGUCGAAAAUGGAUUUGUUGAGCAAGGGGGCGCGCAAGCGCCUCGAUAGGUUCCUCGAGCCUGAUUCGCAUGCCAUUCUGGGGGAUAUUGAGUUAAGUGGCAUGAAUGCCUUCAAUGAGAAAUACAAAAAAUUGUCUGAAGCCAUAGGGGAUUUAAUUGAGAAUUAUUCCCUAGUCAGGUUUUUCCCCCUCAAUUUGAAAAACCACGAAAGUGUGAGUGACAUUUUGGUGACCAUUGACAACGUGAUACAGUAUGGCGAGGAUCAGGACGUCAGGACACGUGAUUUCGAGGAACAGGACGACGAAUAAAAUUCCCUAGAGUGUUUAUUCCAAUUUAUACUUUUUUUUAUAUAAAACAAUAACACAAAAUACUAAACUAAACCUACUUUUC